AUGAGCAACACGACGGAUGCCACAUGUGGAGCAGGAAUUGCUAACUCACCCGGAGUACCUGAGAUAAUCCCUAGUUUUUGGAGGGAGGAGGACGUGGUGGAGGAGACCAGGGUCACGCCGACCCCGACGAAGACACAGAAGGAGGAGGGUGCGCUCCACGCCCAGACAGCCCCUGUCACUGAGGAGGACGUGGUGGAGGAGACCAGGGCCACCCAGCUGAAGGACGUGGUGCAGGAGACGUACCUAAGGACCUCUGACUCUGGGAAAGGAUUGCAGGACUUGGACCUGGAAUGGGCCAAGCUGGACAUCAAGGAAGAGAAGAAGGGUGUAUCCUUCAUUGGGGACCUGUUGGCGCAGCAGAGUAAAAUGUUGAAGGGUUUUAAGAAGUCGCCGGCGCCAGCAGCUCGCCCAGCCCCGAAGGUUGGCAAGUUCACGGGGGAGAGGAGUGCGUCCAGAAGGAAGUCUUUGCGGUUUCUGGACCAGCUCGUCCCAGAGGUCCCAGAGGCAGCUCACAUCGAACAGGAGAAGCAGGAGUCAACAGACAUGUCAUCAGCGGAGGACUCCUGCGAUCAAUAUGUCCCGCCACCCAGCGCUGAUGACUAUUCAUCGGACGACAGCGCGGUAGUAAGUCCUUCGGACGAGGAGGCACCUCCUGCCAAGAAGAGGAAGGAGGUUUCCAAGGAGGAGAAGGACCUGUUAGAUUCUUCGGCCAAGGGGUUUGUCCUCGCCCGCACUAUUGCGGAGUUCGAGGCCAUUUCCGAUGGAACUGAUGUUCCAGCUGUUGCUGCUGACGUGCCAGCGGAGGAGUCAGGGUCUGACACUGAUUCUGAAGCUGAUGACCCAGAGCCAGCUGACGAGCCAGUUCGAGGAAGGAAGAGGAGAACCGCUACGAAGGUGUACAGGGUUGACACGAAACGACCACGCAGGGAGUGCCAAGUUGAAGGGUGUACUGCUGCGGUGGUCAACCUGAGACGUCAGAUGACGGUGUCACCCUGA